AUUGUGCCGGUGGGCGGUGCUUCCUGUACAUUACUGAGCGGUAUUGGUUGCUGUAGUAACGCGGCCUAGUCUCAAUCCGAGCGUUAUCUCAGCCUGUGUCUGCCAUCGGCCGGAAUUCACCCCGAGAGCGAACCCGGAGCCGCCCUGUCUGCCGCCCGCCAGCCGGUACUGACCAUCCGAGAGCUCCCCGAGCCGCCCACCGAGACUGAGCGUCUCCCCCGCCUCACAGCUACCGCCAGCCGCCAUAUUGGCCGCAGAGGCCUAGCUUCCGGGUGAAGCCUGCCUGGCAGUGAGCGCUGUGCCUGCGGCAACGAGGGACUUGCAGAGCUUUAUACAAUACUCGUGAAACAUGGCAGUCCAGGAGACCAGACCAAAUAAUACCAUCUACAUAAACAACCUCAACGAGAAAAUCAAAAAGGAUGAGUUGAAGAAGUCUCUCUAUGCUAUUUUCUCCCAGUUUGGACAGAUCCUCGAUAUUUUGGUUUCUCGGAGCUUGAAAAUGAGGGGGCAGGCUUUCGUUAUUUUUAAGGAAGUUGCAAGUGCUACUAAUGCCUUGCGGUCUAUGCAGGGGUUUCCUUUCUACGAUAAACCAAUGAGAAUACAGUAUGCAAAGUCUGAUUCUGACAUAAUUGCAAAGAUGAAGGGCACCUUCGUGGAGAGAGACCGAAAGAGGCAGGAAAAGAGGAAGGUGAAAGGGCAGGAAGUUGCUGCUGCCAAGAAAGCUGUGCCAGGAGCUCCGGUUGUGGCUGCUGUGCCAGGCCAGAUGCCGGGAAUGCAGAACAUUCCUGGCAUGACCCAGGCACCUCGUAUGAUGCACAUGGCUGGGCAGACACCAUACAUGCACCAUCCUGGCAUGAUGCCACCACCAGGAAUUGCACCCGGACAAAUUCCUCCAGGAGGAAUGCCCCACGGACAGAUGGCACCCAUGCAGCCGAUAUCUGAAAAUCCACCCAAUCAUAUCCUCUUCCUCACAAACCUUCCAGAGGAGACGAACGAGCUGAUGCUGUCCAUGUUGUUCAACCAGUUCCCAGGUUUCAAGGAGGUUCGACUUGUCCCUGGCCGACACGACAUCGCUUUUGUGGAGUUUGAGAAUGAAGUGCAAGCUGGAGCUGCCCGGGAGUCCUUGCAAGGGUUUAAGAUAACACAGAGCAACGCGAUGAAGAUCUCAUUUGCCAAAAAGUAGGCCUGGGGACAGGCAUGCUCCAUCUAUCUGCUGUAUGUUCAACCACUGAGGAAACCCAUUGCAGCAAUGAACCCGGCUCAGGUUAUGUCUGGCAGUGCUCUCAAUCCGAUUUUACUAAGUGACUAUUUUAUGUUCAGUUCUUGUUGAUGCUCUUUUUGUCCAGGGCUUUUGUUUUUUUUAUACUGUCCUCAUCCAGCGAGCUUUGUUGGUGAGUAUGGAAGUUGCUUGUUUUCUACACACUCUUUUGAAGCAUUGCACCCAGGGUCUGUAAGUCAGACAUUGUACCUGGAGCUUUUUUGUUAAAUAAACAUGA